GAAAUGGAGUCGAUAUAUCUUCAAAAGUGCCUUGGGACAUGUCUAACUCAAGGUCUUGCCGAAGUGGCAAGAAUUCGCCCAGUGGAUCCAAUAGAAUAUUUAGCAUUGUGGAUUUACAAAUAUAAGGAAAAUGUGACCAUGGAGCAACUGAGACAGAAGGAAAUGGUCGACUUGGAGCGUGAGAGAGAGCUAGCUGUGAUACAGCAGGAAAUGACGGAGAGGCUCAAAGCAGAGGAGCUUCUGUUCCAGCAGCAACAGCUGGAGUUCCAGCUGGAGUUGGAAAUGCAAGAGAAAGAGAGACAAAGAAUAGAAGAACUACAGAGAGCUCAAGAACAAUUAGAGACGGAGAUGAGAAUGAAUAUAGAAAAUAUAGCUAAGAGUGAAGAUAGUUCACAUUCAGAGGAUGUAACAUCAGACUCAGGCAAAACACUAGCGGAAAUUAGUGAUCGAUAUGGGGCACCUAAUCUGAGCAGAGUGGAAGAACUUGAUGAGCCGAUGCUAUCUGAUGUUGCAUUAAACAUUGAUCAAGAUUUGUAGGAUCAACCAACCUAAGAGCAAUAAAUCUUUCUGCUUGUUUCAAGUUUCAAAA